AUGCAGGCGCGCUAUUCCGUCCUCCGUCCCAAACACUCGCUGGGGAGUCGUGGCCGUACAUCAGCAGCGACGCAAAGUUUUAAUUACCGGGCAGGGGUACCGCCGGCCCGGAGGGGGGUACAAACCGGGAUGGCCAGCCCCACAUGAGCAAUGUACUCUCACGCGGCCCAUGAGCAGUACCCCCUGCGCCCAGCAUGGCGAGGGGCGUACGGAACCGUACACGGAGCAUCGACGCAGCCGCAGCCCAAGGAUUAUGGUAAAACCGCGACAACGCAACCAGCCGUACCAAGUUACAUUGCGCUCAUCCACGAUGGCCAUCCAGAAACUCCCCGGAACAAGAAGGUGACCCUAAACGGCAUUUAAUUCAGUUCAAUAAUGGAGCGCUUUUCCUCCCCUUUUCCCCCCAAAAAAAAAAAAACCCCUUUUACAGGGACAACAAGCCAGGGCUGGCAGAACAGUAUCAGAAACACAAUUCUGGUCCGCCUGAACGAGUGCUUUUGGGUCAAAAGGUGCCCCGCGAAUGACAAAAAGAACCUGGGCAAAAGGCAGCUAACUACUGGUCCUCCAUCGACACUACCUCGGAACUCGUACAAUAUGGUUGAGAAACGUGCAGCUUUGUGAGGGCGACGGCGGCGUUUCAAAAAGAAGGACGCCUCAAAGGAUAAGAAGAGCGAACUGUGAAGGAAAAGCGCCUUCCCCCGCCAGCAGCAGAAUCAGCCGCCCCACAAAGCAGCAAGAGGCCGCGACCAGGAGCAGUCGGGGGUGCCGGCUACGCAGCCCGUGUGCGCCAUUCAGGAGACGAUUAAAACCGAGAACGGCACGUUCCCAGAAGGGCACCGAGCGCCGCCGCAGGCUGUUUCGCCCUCGCUAAGAACUGUUCCCAAGAUUGAGAGCCCCGAGACAGCAGCAAGCAGCAGCAUGUCGAGCGGCAGCCCGCACAGCAUCCCGUCCACACUCCGCUCUACUCAGCCUGGACAGCGCCGGGGAACAGCAGCAGCAGCAAGCACAGCAGGGCAGCAGCAUCGACACCACCACGGCAAAGGCCCGUCAGACCCCAGCGCAGGCUUCAGCGUGGAUAACAUAAUGACCCCCUCCGCGGCUGGUCCUCAAGCUCCAGGCGAGCUCACCCCGUCUCUCGUGGCCUCCUCACGGACAGGUAUAACUCCCACAUUGUCCCUGAAAACUAUUCCGCCCAAUCAGACGUCCGUGUAUAGCUCGCCCUGCAGCCAGAACUCUAUCUCGACUACCUCCACGGCCACCUAUCAAAACUGCAACAUGCAGGCCAUGAGCUUGUACGCGGGAGGGGAUCGCUCGGGACACCUGGCCGCCACUACACCGUGGACGAAACUCUGCCCGAUUUACUCGAUCACGACACACCACGUCGUCCUUAAACCACGGGAAAUCCUCAGGAGGGCCACCAUGGCGCACCAAGGGCGCCUCGCGUCAUGGUACCUAAACACCGGUAAGGAGGUUGGAGACAUUGGCGACAUGUGCGCUGCGUAGCAUGAGAAGUUGCAGAACUUCCAUUCGGUUCGAGAGAUGUUUGAAUCGCAUCUGAAUAAUUCACCGGUGAACGGGAAGAACAGCUGUCAAAUGUCGUUUUUUCCGCUCCUUUCCCCACUUUCCCGAGUCAGCGCCCAUAUACCGCACGUCAGGGGCUUUUUGUGUAUGACUGCAGGCAAGUUUUGA